AUGAGGAAGACCAUGGAGCAGAUGGAUCAAUACCGUACAAUGACACAGGCCAACAUUUGCUGGCAAAACACAGAUGGCAUCUCAGAGCAUACAAUUCAUCUGAAUAUAAAACAGUUUUCUACUGGUUUGGCAGUGGAUAGAUAUUACAAGACUUAUUUAGUCUUCUUCCUCACAUUCACAGGAUGUAAACUUGGGUGGAAAGUUCUGGAGAUUAGGCUUGUUGCGGAACUGGUUUGCCUGCACUCUGGGACCACCUGCCACAGGGAGCCAUGUAUUGGACACAUCCAGGGGAAGGCCAGGCAAAAUAAGAAACACCAGCAUCCACAAGAGCCAUGA